AAAGCUAGCAAUAUCCUGCUUGAUAAUAGUAUGAACCCUAAGAUUUCAGACUUUGGCCUCGCUAAAACAUUUGGUGGUGAUCAGAGUCAGGGUAAUACAAAAAGAGUGGUUGGAACGUAUGGUUACAUGUCUCCUGAAUAUGCAGUUGAUGGAAUUUUCUUGAUGAAAUCUGAUGUCUUUAGCGUUGGAGUUAUACUGCUAGAGAUGUUGAGUAGGCAAAAGAACAUGGGAUUUUCUCACCCAGAUCACCACCUUAACCUUCUUGGACAUGCAUGGACACUAUGGAAUCAAGAGAAACCAUUGGAACUGAUUGAUAAGACAUUAAGUGAUUCAUGCAUCAUAUCUGAAGUUCUAAGGUGUAUUCAUGUCGGGCUGUUAUGUGUGCAAAGAGUACCUGAAGAUAGACCAAGCAUGUCAUCUGUGGUUCUGAUGUUGAGCAGUGAUAUUACCUUGCCUCCACCAAAGCAGCCUGGUUUUUACACUGAACGAAGUGUCCCCGGAUCACCAUCAUGGAUGCCCCCAUGUUCAGCGGAUAAUUUCAUUACAAUGGUAGAGGGACGGAAUAUCGCCUUGAGAACCCUUUUUGUGUGCUCGUUAUUUUUCUCCUUCGUGAGAACCUCCACUACCAAUACACUAGACACUAUCUCUCCAAAUCAAUAUAUUAGAGAUGAUCAAACUCUAGUUUCAGCUGGUGGAACCUUUCAACUGGGAUUCUUCAGCCCUGGUAAAUUGACAGGCCGAUACCUGGGGAUAUGGUACACUAUUUCUAAUGAGGUAGUAGUAUGGGUAGCCAACCGAGAAACACCACUUGAUGAUUCUUCAGGAGUUUUAAAGGUCACUGAUCAAGGAGUUCUAGUCCUUCUCAAUAGCUCAAACGGCAUUGUAUGGUCAUCUAACUCAUCAAGAACUGUAGAUAAUCCAGUAUCACAACUAUUGGAUUCGGGAAAUCUUGUUGUGAAAGAUGCCAACGAAACCAACCCUGAUAACUUCUUGUGGCAGAGUUUUGAUUAUCCUUGUGAUACAUUCCUACCAGAAAUGAAGCUUGGAUGGGACUUCGUUAUUGGUUUAGAAAGGUAUGUUUCGUCUUGGAAGAGCACAGAAGAUCCUGCUCGAGGAGAGUUUUCACUAAGGAUGACUCCUCAUGGUUUACCACAACUUGUUGUUAUGAAGGGAGAUAAGAUACAAACUAGAUCAGGUUCAUGGAACGGCGUUCAAUUAACAGGAGCUAUGAGACGAUCAAGCCCAUCUGAGUUUGCGUUCUUCUUAAAUAAGGAUGAGGUUUAUUAUGAGUACAGACUCCUAAACAGGUCUAUUCCCUCAAGAUAUGUAUUGACCCCAUCUGGCAUUGCACAGUGGUUCAUAUGGAUUGAAAAUACGUAUAGUUGGGAACCCUUCUUUCAAACCCAACAAGAUGAGUGUGAAAUUUAUGCCUUCUGUGGUGCAUAUUCUAGCUGCAACACCCGUGAUGCUCCCGUAUGUGCAUGCUUGAAGGGAUUUAUACCAAAAUUAACAGAACAUUGGAAUUCACAAAAUUGGUCUGAUGGGUGUAUACGAAAUACUCCAUUAGCUUGCAGCUAUAAAGAUAAGUUCUUUAAAUACACUAGCUUUAAAUUGCCAGACACAUCUUCCUCAUGGUUUGAUAAGAGCAUGAGCCUCAACGAAUGCAAGAGAUUAUGUUUGGAAAACUGCUCAUGUACGGCAUAUGCAAAUUUAGAUAUCAGGGAUGGAGGAAGUGGCUGCUUGCUUUGGUUUGGAGACCUCACUGACAUAAGAACCUUCCAAUCUGAUUCUCAAGACCUCUAUAUACGGGUGGCUUCUUCAGAACUAGAUGAUAUUGAGAAGAAGAGCAAGUUCAAGAAGAAAAGGCAAGCAGGAGUUGUAAUCAGCUCCGUACUUUUUCUAGUGGUAAUGCUAAUAGCGGGGUUUAUCUUGUAUAUACGAAAGAAGAAACUCAGAAAUCAAGCAUUAAGAAAAAAGGAUGACCUUGGAGAAGACGGGGAAGACAGAGAGUUGCCACUAUUUGACUUCAACACAAUAGUUCAUGCCACUAAUGGCUUUUCAAGCAGAAACAAGCUGGGAGAAGGUGGUUUUGGACCAGUAUACCAGGGUACAUUGAUAGGAGGGAAAGAAAUUGCAGUAAAGAGGCUUUCAAAGGAUUCUGGACAAGGAAUGAGGGAGUUCAAAAAUGAAGUUAUACUGAUAGCCAAACUUCAGCACCGCAAUCUUGUAAAGCUUCUUGGUUGUUGCACUCAAGAUGAUGAAAAAAUCUUAAUAUAUGAAUUCAUGGCCAACAGAAGUUUGGAUUUCUAUAUUUUUGACCAGGAAAGAGCGAAAUUGCUCGACUGGCCUAAGUGUUUCCACAUUAUUGAUGGAAUUGCUCGAGGACUUCUUUAUCUUCACCAAGACUCUAGAUUAAGGAUUAUCCAUAGAGAUCUGAAAGCUAGCAAUAUUUUGCUUGAUAAUGAUAUGAACCCAAAGAUUUCUGACUUUGGCCUGGCCAGAAUAUUUGGUGCCGAUCAAAGUCGGGGUAAUACAAAAAGAGUGGUUGGAACAUAUGGUUAUAUGCCCCCUGAAUAUGCAGUAGAUGGAAUUUUCUCGAUGAAAUCAGAUGUAUUUAGCUUCGGUGUUGUACUGCUAGAGAUAUUGAGUAGGCAGAAGAACAGAGGAUUUUGGCAUCCAGAUCACCAUCUUAACCUUCUUGGACAUGCAUGGACACUAUGGAUCCAAAAUAUUCCACUGGAACUGAUUGAUAAGUCGCUAAGCGAUUCGUGCACCAUAUCUGAAGUGUUACGGUGUCUUCAUGUGGCUCUAUUAUGCGUGCAACAAGUACCUGAAGAUAGACCAAGCAUGUCAUCUGUGGUUCUAAUGCUGAGCAGUGAGGUUGCAUUGCCUCCACCAAAGCAGCCUGGUUUUUACACCGAACGGACUCUACCUGAUGAUCUGUCACGGGUGCGUGAUUUGUCAGAAAAUAAUUUCAGCACUACAUUGUUAGAGGCUCGGUAGAUGAUCUUCAAUCUGUCUGGUGCCUAUUAAUGCUCCUGUGUACCGUCACCAAAAUGUGUUCGGCAUGUAAGCUUGACUUGAACCUUGUAGGCUUAGAUGCGAAACAUUGACUUAAGAUUAUUCAUGUUGUGCACCACACAUGUUAUUGAGUUCUUCAUAUGGCACAAACAAAAAAAUUUGGGAUUGUGGUAGAAACUUUUAAGGAACUAUAGGCUUGCUGUUAUUUUUCUUAGCUCUGUUUUGCU